AUGGGUCGGAGAAAGAUCGAGAUCAAGGCGAUCAAAGAUGAUCGCAACCGUUCCGUUACUUUUUUGAAACGGAAGGGCGGUCUCUUCAAGAAGGCUCAUGAGCUCGCCGUUCUCUGUUCGGUCGAUGUCGCCGUCAUCAUCUUCGGUCAUAACAAAAAGCUCUAUGAAUUUUCAUCGUGUGAUAUGCAUGAGACCCUAGGUCGCUAUCAAUAUUUUGGCCCUCCACACGAACAUAAAGGCCCCGAAGACUUUAAUGGCAAACGCGACGAUGACGACGAUGAAGAUGAGACCACUCCCGCUCCAGAAGAGCUGCAUUCUAUACACCAGACCCCUAUGGUUCCGCCUCAAAUACCAAGCCACCCCAGUUUCCAACAUAUCAACCACGCCCCGUCUGCCUCGCCGCCCAUCACCCAUCUGCCCUUUGAUCCCCGCCAUGGCACCCCUCAACCACAAGGAAUCUCCCGACCGUCUUCAAGAAAUCAUAUCCGUCGUGUCAGUUCGAAUCUAGGACCUCAACACCAUGCCACUCCGCCGCCCCCGCCCCCGCCGCAAAAUGGUUUCGCGUAUAUGCCCAACCCCUCCGUCUACAAUCCCAAUAUGAACCACCAGCCUCCCCGACCAGGCCAGUUCUCACAUUUUGGGCAUCCCCCGGGGCCACACCACCAACCUCAGCCGCCUCCGCACCCGUCCAUGCCGCCCCACACGAUGCCGCCCCAGCCGAUCGCACAGCACCACCAAGCUCCGCAACACCUGCACCCGCCGCACCCGCAUGCCAUGGCACAUCCCCCGCCUCCGAUGGGGUUGUCACAGGCGCCUCAUCCGGCGGUAUCGCAGGUCGCACAGGCUUACCUGCCUGAGCAAGGGCGAAAUUCGAUGCCGCCAACUUUUACAGGUGAGCCGCAACAACGGACGGUGCCACUUCCCGAGACUUCUGCUGCAGAACAAGUACCUGGUCCUAUGAAGUCGGAAGGGAGUCAAUCUCCGCCGACACAUCACCACAGAUCGCUUUCGUCCAAGUCACGUAGUAUCUUCACGCCUAUUGACGAUCGCGGGUCUGUGCUCGCGCGUCAUUUCAAAGGGGUUGGACCUCCGCUGUGCGAGUCGCCUCGUGCUGAACUUCCUAUGAAGCCCGAGUCUUCACAAGAGGAUUUGAACGAUACUAAAGCAUCCAGUCAACCGGCGGCACCUCCCCCUCCCAGAGCAGCUACGGACGGCCCGCGUACGCAGUCGGUUUCUUCAGUGCCUGAGAUCAAACCACCUAUCCGGACUAAUAGUGGUCAAUUACCAAAACGACCACAACUAAAGGUGCAGAUUCCUAGCGAGAAUUCGGACGGGGCCAGUGCUACGGCAGAGUCGUCUUCAUCGGCCGGAAAUAAGACCUUGACGCCUGCAAAGGCUAACGCAGAUACCAACCAUUCGGGCGUGGUAUUACCUCCACCAUCGCCAUCUGCUGGGGCAAUUCUUAGUGCCGGUGCCCAGGGACCCCCUAAUCCCUUUGCUCGACCGCCACCUCCGGGAGCGGCAUCGCAGAACAAUAAUGCUUAUAACAGCAAUAACAACAUAGAAACGCCGAUUUCUGCGCUUCCAAGUCGCUUUGUAUCCGAUGCACUCCUUCCAUCACCGUCGAGUUUCUUCCCUGAGUGGGGUUUCGGCAGGUCUGGGCCAGACACGAAUAUGCUACCAAGUCCGUUAACGUUUCCGACCCCUGCAGUACAGACAGGCCCUGGGUUUGCGCGAGAAGAUGAACAAGAAAAGAAGCGCAAGAGCCCUGACAGCGGUCCAUCUGCAGAAGGGACAAAUAAGAAAACCAAGACAUAG